AAAUAAAUUUCUCGCUUAUAUUGGGCAAACGGUAAAACAUACCCUUGCCAGCUUGCCAGCAGUAGGUAAUACUAGGGUAGGAGAACACACAAUAGACUCACUCAACACAAACAAUUGAUUAACCAUGCAUGGCCUAGAAUGAUAAAUGGCAGCUGGCUUGCUAUCAGUGGAGGAGAUUACUGUGUGUCCGGCUAGGGAGAGCCAGAUCCGUGAGCAGGUAACUCAGGCUCUGUGAUGGCUGUGUUUGCCUAGAAUUAACGCUAAUGUAAUGGCCGCCAGAUGCUUGUCAUGUCUGUAUGGAGGUUGAGGAGGGAGGGGGAGACAAGCGGAGUCAGAUGUUACAUCAGGAAGUGCUGAGCGAUCACCUACAGAGUCCAUUGUUGCUGGAUGUGUUGUGGAAAGUUUGACAGUCUUAGAUGUUGUGGUAUUAACUUGCAGUGGGUGCUCAACUGAACUCAACUGAGGUUGAAGAAAACGUGAUUUGUGUUAACGGAACUGGGACAUUAGUGUAUGGAUUAUUGUGGAUGGACGUUCAAAGUGAGAUUGUUUGAUGUGUUGAGACGUACCUUACAUGGUUCAGACUGAGGGCUGUUAAUUGAUCACAUCAAUCUGUGUACAUUGAUCUGUGGAUAUUGAUCUGAUUGACUUUCAAAACAUGGAAACACUACUGUAAAGAAUGAAGAACACAGGUCUUGAAUUAGCUGGAUGAAAACAAUCAGGUUAUAGAUGAAACAAUUUGGUUAUUGAUGAGAUUGAUAUGUUGAAGGUUAUUGAUCCGAAGCAAGUUUAAUAAAACACACAGAUGUAAAUUUGGUGUCUGCUGACACAAUAUAGGGCACACUGUAUUGAGUGAGCUGCUGAAAUGUCCUCCAUCUAUACAACUAUGCUGCUGGUCACUGGAUGUCUUGCUGACUGAGAUUACACCGUGGUUCUACAGAAUGUGGGCGGCCUACUCCAACACGGCCACAGUAGAGGAGGGGAGUGUUGUCCACCUCCGCUCUGACAGCUCCACCUCCCAAACACCGGACUUGACCUAUGACAUGAUGGAGGAUGAGCUGACCUGCCCAGUGUGUCUGGAGCUGUUUGCUGAUCCUCUCAUGCUGCCCUGCUCUCACAGCAUCUGUAAGAAGUGUCUCCAGGACAUCCUUGACAACAGACUCAAGCUGGGCAAAGAGGAUGUGGAGUGUCCGUCUUGUCGGAAGUCGACGGCAGUGGCCAAUGAGAAGUUGAUGAGUCUGCCCAAGAACCUGGCUCUUGAGAACAUUGUGUUCCGGUUCCAGGAGAUUCAGAGCUCUAACCUCACCAAGAGCAAGAGCCUUGACCUUGGAACAAACUUUCAACUGAACACCUCAUCUGAUGACUGUGAUGUUCCCGUGUUUCCCGAGUACAUGAGCAAGGAUUGCGGACUUUGUGAUUCCAAGUCCCCAGCCAAAGCCACCUGGUUCUGUCAGCAGUGUUCUGUGUUGUAUUGUCAAAAGUGUCUGCAGACAUAUCACCCCAAGAGGGGACCUCUGAGUCACCAUCGAGUCCGGAAACCUUCCAAGGUGGAGGUUGAGGAGAAACCUGUGUUUUGUUGCGACCAUUACUCGGAGACUACCAGUAUAUUCUGUGAUACGUGUAAGGUGCUGGUGUGCCAUCUGUGUGUGUGCGAGGGAGUGGGCAAACAUUCAGGUCACAAGAUCCUGGCUCUUGAUGCCGCUUGGAAGCAACUCAGGGAAUCUGUAGUACAUUCCAAAGAGAGGCUGGAGUCCAUGAUGACCAACUUGACGGAGCAGAAUACUCGACUGGACGAAGUCACAGAUGAAAUAGAGCUCCUCCAUAAACUGGCGAGAGAGAAGAUCGAGAGGCAGCAUCGUUGUCUGCUGCAAGAAGUCACGCAGGCCCUGGACCUCCAGAAGGAGGUAGUCCUGGCCAGCAUCGGGAAGCAGCAGUCCCUGGCCAGCCUGCAGUACCACACCCAGUGUGAUGCCAACAAAGCGUUAGUCAAGUCCAUGGAGAGUCUGGCAGAAGCCUGCAAGAAGCUGCUGGAUGAGGAACACACCAAGGAGCUCCUCCAGAAGGCAAAGGAUGUCAGUCCUAUCGUCACCAAGGUGGACCAGUUGUCUAAAGAUACUCAGAGUCGUGAUGCAUCCUUCAAGAGUCUGGUCACCCAUCAGCCUGCACAGCAGGAUAUACGGAUGUCAGUGCUCAGGUUCCGAUCACUGGCCUUUGAUAGUCUCAAGUGUUUUACUGGUGACGACAGCGAAGUGUACUGUGUGAGCCUUGUACCAACGAUCAGAUCAGUUGCCUCCCCUGGCAAGAGUGACGCCAGGAUGUAUAAAAUAUCAACAAAACAAAGUCUUAUAACAUGGGGUUUCAACUCCACCACCUUCACAGCUGAAAAACUGGAAGAUAAUUCACUGUGGACCAUAACGAUCGAGAAAAAUACAAACCAGAUACGAGACAUAAAGACGGGCUAUUUAUUUGGUGUAGGAAUAUCUUCUGAAGUGCUAAAUUACAAGGAUCAAGUAGGAAUGAGUAAAAGGUCUUAUGCAGUUGUGUGUUCGAAUGGGAAUUUACAUUUUUCUCACAAUGGGAAGAUGGAAACGCUGAUGCCGUUGGACGCUCUGCCCAUGUCCGUUACAGUCUGCUAUAACGGAUCAAAGUGCGCGCGCUUGAUAUUCACUUAUACCCUGACCAGCGCAGUGUGGGGAGACACACUAGUCGGAAAGCGGAUUAUAGAAAACGAGGCUUUCAAGGACUGUUACCAUCCUGUGUUUACAGUGAGUCAUAGGGUGAAGAUGCAGUUCCCUACACACGUGUAGCGAUCUCUGAUUGGAUGGUUGCAGGAAAGGAGAUGUAAAAUGUCUUGCGAUCGGUCAAAAGAAAUUGAAGCUUGAUCUGAAACAUCUGGAUUACAAAUAAUCAACACAAGAUUCCAUAAUGGAAUAGUAGUGCUUUUGCAGUAGUACUGCCAAUGUCAAAACUUGCAUCGGUUUUGCUGUGCAAGUAAAAACCGCAAGGAGCCACAUGUUAUGAAAUGUUUCUAGAUUGUGGUUAGGAAGGAGAGGAUUGGUUGGUGACAUAAUAUUAAUUCACAUGGAGGGCCAAUACAGAUCAGACUCUGACAUUUUGAAGUAUGGUAUAGACAUUAUUUUGUUGAUGUUUUGAGGAAGUCAGGGUUGUGAUGUAACCAUGGUAACAUGAUAGACAACAUGGAUGACGGUAAUACUCUGUAGCACAAUUACACGGGUCCAAGUGAUACCCAUGUUUGAGGUUUACAGGUAUGUGUUUUCCUGUUGUUGAGUAUAGUUCAGAAUUCCAGUUGUCACUUUCUUUGCAAUACUGCAACACUCCUAAAUCAGUUCUUUUGUAAAAUCUUACCAGAUUUGUUUGAUUCGAUACAUGGGUAGAAUGUCUGACACCUACUUCAGGUGUUUCCCUUCCAGGAUAUUGCUUCAAUAUUGCUAAAAACGGUAUAAAACACAACUCACUAACUCGCUAUUGAAUUUAUAUCACACUUGCAGAAUACUGUUAUCAACAUUGCUUUGUUAAGAUUUGCGUCCCCCUGAUAAGGGUCCAUCCAUACAGAUGAAAGUAGCUGCAUCAGCAGGUGUGUUUCACAACAUGAGCUAUUCCACAGUAUCAUUACACCUGAAAUGUUUCAUCAUUGAACUCCUGGUAGGGAACUUACUGCAUGUAUUGUGUAUCACUGAUACGUCAUGUCAAGACCAACCUAUGUUGAAACUUAGUGCAAGUCCUUGAUGUCGUCUAUUUACAUCUACAGUAUUUAAAUCUAGGGAGCAUCCAAUUCUGUACCAUUUAACAUUGGGUUUAUAACAAGGACUUCUUUACUUCCAUGCUUAU